AUGGACCGCUCCAACAAACCCUCUGCGAUCGGCGUGAGUGCCUCGCUCCCACAGCCUUCCGUUUCCGUUAAGGAUGGCAUUAUCGAGGCCAGCUUACCCUCCGGCGAGUCCGUCGCGGUUUACCUGUACGGUGCCACGGUCAGCUCGUGGAAGGCGAACGGCCAGGAACAGCUGUUUAUGAGCAAGACAGCCCAUUUGGAUGGUUCUAAGCCGAUUCGCGGUGGAAUUCCGCUCGUAUUCCCGGUCUUCGGUCCCCCUCCUCAGAACCACGCCACCUCAUCCCUCCCCCAGCAUGGCUUCGCUCGCAACUCAACCUGGGAGUUCCUCGGAAAGUCCUCCUCGGAGGCCGGCAAAGGAGAUCUGGCCGUCAAGUUGGAUUUCGGCCUAUCGCACACCAUGUUGAGCGAGGAGUUCCGGAAGGCGUGGCCGUACGAGUUUGGACUGGUUUACAGCGUCACUUUGACCAAGGAUGCGCUCCGGACCUCCCUCCAGGUUACCAACGAGGGCAAGGAGAACUUUGAAUUCCAGGUUUUGAUGCACACCUACCUGGCCGUGGAGGAUAUCUCCAACGUCCGCGUCAAGAACCUCGAAUCUAAGACCUACGUCGACAAGACCCGUAACGCAAGCACCCACACCGAAUCCUCUCCUGCACUGGCCAUCACCGAAGAGACCGAUCGCGUCUACCAGGGUCUAGACCCCGCCAAGCCGAUCGUCGUCUCCUCCGCUUCGGACGAUCAGCCUCUCUUCUCCAUCACCCGGGAAGCUCUCGGCGAUGUCGUUGUUUGGAACCCUUGGAUUGAGAAGGCCAAGGGCAUGUCCGACUUUGGUCCCGAUGAUGCAUACAAGAACAUGAUUUGUGUUGAGGCCGGCUCUGUUUCUGCUUGGCAGACUCUCGAGGCAGGUGACUCGUGGGAGGGUGGUCAGAGUAUCAAGUCUCGCCUUUGA